ACUGAAAGCAGCUCUCUCACCACCUGUUGACCCCACUGCAGUCUCGCUGUCCCCAGGCUGAUCCUGCCUCAUGGCACCAAUGGCGCUGGCCCUCAUCCUGGGUUGGUGUCUGGUGGCAGCCAGCAGAGCUCAGCAGGUGCCCCGACCCUCUCUGUCACUGCACCCCAGCCAGGGGGUGUCCCUGGGGGACACUGUCACCCUGCGAUGCCACCUGCCCCGGAUGGCUGCCUGGGUCUGGCUGUACCAGGACAGAGGUUGGACACACAACAAGUACAAGGACAAGAAGCAGGACGUGGCCGAGUUUUCCUUCAUUAGCACAAGUCGGGAACAUGCGGGGACGUAUCGGUGCCAGUACCACGUGUCAGAGCCAUUGGGGAUAUCAGAGCAGAGUGAUCCCGUGGAGCUGGUGCUUACAGAUCACGGCUACCCCCCACCCAGCAUUUCCAUCAGCCCCAAGGAAGGGGUGGGGAUGGGGACAAAUGUCACCAUCCGCUGCUGGAACAGGGAUGAUGGGGUCACCUUCCUCCUGCACAAGGAUGGGCUUUUGUCCCCUACCCAGCAUCAGGACCUCGAUGCUGGGGGCACAGCCACUUUCAUCAUCUUUGGGGUGACCCCCGCUGAUGCUGGCACCUAUAGGUGCUCCUACCGACCCUGGGCUCACCCCUUUGUGUCCUCACCCCUUGGGGACAGUGUGACACUGCAGCUGACUCCCACACCUGCAUCCCCAGGUACCAAUGGAGAAUCCUGUGGGAUCCUGGCUGUGGCAGUGGCAGGGGGCUGUGCCACCGCCCUCACCUUCACUGAACCCAACAGGAGUUCCAAGGCCAGUGAGGUCCAGGUGCCACCCGGUGAUAACAAGAGGCUGACCUGCCCUGAGCUGCAAGCUGCGAUCCCCAGCUUCUGCCGCCCUGGUGCCAGCACGGUCCCCCAGCACCCGGUUAUCUGCCUUGGGGUGGGCUCUGGGGGACCCCUUUGUUGUCCCCCACACCGACUGCCUCAUUUUUGGAGUGCCCCUAUGGGGACAGACACCAGGUUCCCAGCUUGGGGCUCCUUGACGCCAUCUGCUCCCCCCAUCCCACUAAUCCCCACCAAAGUGACAUCCCCAAAUUCCUACUGCUGUACCCCAAAUCGUCCCUAAUCCCACCCAGUCCCUAAACAAUCAUCGCUGCUGUUGAAAUCCUUCCUUAUCACCCCUGAAUAGCUUAACACCCCUGGACACCCUCAAAUUCCCCCAGUCCACCCCCCAAACCCUACCAGCACUCUUGUAGGACCCUCACAUCUCCCAAAAUCUGCACCAAACUCCAACCCCCACCUUAAGGAACCCCUCGAUUGCUCCCAACCCACCACCAAAGCCCCCAUAAGACCAAGGUGAUCUGUAACAACAGGUGUGCACCACCCCACGUGUUCAAAUUCCAGGUGUGUUCAGACAGGGGUGUGCACAAACACGUGUGCAUUGUGUGGGCACACGCACUGCAAGGCUGCAAAGCUCAGGUGUGUUGUGUGUUCAUCAUCACACGUGCACUUCAUUCCCACACCACUGCAGGUGCUCACGUGCAUUCUGUGUGUGCAUUGUAACAUGUGCACAAUAGAUGUACACAGAUGUGGACAUCAUGCUUUAUGCUCUGGCUCCGUGUGUGCACAAUGUAACCUGUGUACACCAAUACACGUCCCCAAUCCUGCAAACAUGCAUCCUUAGCACAUGCUCCGUGUCUGUACGGGUGUCACUGCAUCCCCAGCAGGUUCCUGAUGCUGCCCCAGUGGGGAUGGCAGAGGACAGGCGUGUGGCAAGGGGACAGCACAGGGGGAUAUGAGUGGCUGCAGGGACAAGAGGGCUGUGAGUGCACACUGCUGCCUCAUGUCCAUCUUCUAAUCAGCCAGAACCCCCACAUCCUUCUCUGCAGCGCUGCUCUCAGGGAGUUCUUCUCCCAGUCUGUACUCAGCCCUGGCAUUGCCCCAACCCAAGGGCAGCACCCUGUACUCAGCAUCGUUGAAUCUCAGGAGGUUCAGCAGUCCACAAAACCCCUGUGAAUCUGUCCUCAAGGACAGGGAGCAGAGCAGAGCUGGCACAUCUGGAAGGACACUUUUCUAAGGGCACAAGAGUUCUCCAUGCCCAGCUGCAGGCAGUCAGGAAAGGAAGGCAAGAGAGCGGAACGGCUGAGCUGGGACCUGCUGGUCCAAGUGGAGAGCAAGAAGCACAUGCACAGGCAGUGGCAGCAGGGACAGGGAGUCUGGCAGGAGGACAGAGAUGGUGCUGGGCUGUGUGGGGAUGAGGUCAGGAAGGCCAAGGCCCAACUGGAAGUGGACUUGGCCAGGGGAGCAAAGAAGAACAAGAAAGGCUUUGACAGGGGUGUAAACCUGAAAAGAAAAGUCCAGGAGGGUGUACACCGCCAACCAUGAGCAAUGCAGGCAGGCUGGUAACAACGGACAAGGAGAAGGCUGACUCCUCAAUGGGGUAUAGGGUUUCUGAAAGCAGCCUCUGUGUGUCAGUAGAUGAAGCCUGACUGGAAAAUGCUGUCUGGCUUUCUGAGAGCAAGGCAAGGUCCAUUCCUUCUUCCUGUCCUCGUAAUUCAGACCGCAGAAUUCUUUCCUGAUCUCCUGGAUCUGGCAGCACCACACACAGUGGCUGAGUGCAAUUCCGUUCAGCAGGGAAUGGGCUCUGCAGGGCUGUCCCUUGUUGGUGCCAGGAUGUCAGUGCUGCAGCAGCAGUGUGUUGAAUGCGGUGCCUCUCCUUCUGGGCUGUCAGCAGUGCUGCUCCCAGCACAGCGCACUCGGUGGCUUUUCCUUGCUGUGGCCGCAA